UCACGUUCACAAUGUCUGACACGUAGACACUUGUGCUCCGAAAAAAAUAAAAAAAAAACAAGUAAAAAAUUUAUAAAACAUUAUAACUGUCUCUCUGUGAAUCGUUAAUUAUGAAUUAAAAUUUAAUCCUUCGGUGAAAAAAAUAAUUUCUAAUUUCACAUUCAAGUGUAAUAAUUAAUAAACAUAUCGUUCGGAAAAAUUUAAUUUUUUCUCCAACACGGAAAUAUAGAAUAGAAAAUUUUUCAUUUUCAAAAAAUUAUUUCAUUUUUAAAAGAAGAAAAGUUUGGUUUCUUGGAUUUUGAAAAAGAAAAAUCUCGACAUAUAUUUUUAUUAAUAAUAUGAAUGAAAGUGUCAAUAUUGGGGAAAAUUGAGAGAGAAGAAAAGGAAAAGAAAUUUUUUUUGAUGAUUGUUUUUCAAAAAGCAUGAAGUACUCUGCCUAUACAAGUGUCUGUUCUUUUGUUAUUUUUUUUCUUAUUUUUGAAAUUCAGGCUUUUCGUGUGCCUGAUCAAUAUUUUAAGCGAGCUGUGAAUUUUUAUCGCGAUUCAAAAUAUAGAAAUGACGUUGAUAAUUAUCAGGAAAUGGAAAACGACAGGAUGUUGGAUCCAAUAUUCAACAUCCGAAAUUAUAAUUCCAUUUCAAGGAGAGCACCCCCAUUACCACUGGAGAGACUAGAUCCAAAAAUCCAUUGGAACGAAACUUGGGGAUCACAAUUGCAUUUGGGACAAGUUUCAGCAGUCUCAAUAGAUCCCAAUGGGAAUGUUGCGAUAUUUCAUCGAGGUUCACGCGUCUGGGAUGGCGGUUCGUUUAAUGGAAAAGAUGAAUUUGAUUUCAAUAAUAAUUGUGGACCAGUGAAAGAGCCGACAAUUAUUUUAUUGGAUAAAAAUGGCGAGGAAAUAUUUCACUGGGGUAGUGGAAUAUUUUACAUGCCACAUGGCUUGACAAUUGAUCAUUUGGGAAAUUAUUGGAUCACUGAUGUUGCAAUGCAUCAAGUAUUUAAAUUUGAUGCUGAGGAUAUUAUGAAAAUUAGAAGUUCAUCAAUUAAGGACACGAAUCAUCAACAUAGUAAUGAGGGAAAAUUGGAAAAAUGUGCCGAUUUUAAGAAUUCAUUUAAUAAUAGUAUUAUUAAGCCGAGUUUAAAAUUGGGUGUACCUUUUGAGCCAGGCAAUGAUAAUGAGAAAUUUUGCAAACCAACUUCCGUUGCUGUCAUGAAGAAUGGUGAUUUUUUUGUCGCCGAUGGCUAUUGUAAUUCGAGAGUUAUUAAGUUUAAUUCCAAGGGGGAGAGAAUAUUGACCUGGGGACGAAGUAAUCGAAUUUAUGAAGUGAAUUUAUCGCCAGACGCUUUUGCAGUGCCACACGCAUUAGCAUUGGCCGAAGAAUUUGGCUAUCUCUACGUGGCCGAUCGUGAGAAUGGAAGAAUUUUAUGUUUUCACGCAGCAAAUGGCUCGUUUCACAAAGAAUACAGUAGCGAUUUGAUUGGCGGUGCAAUUUACAGUGUCGCUUAUGCGCAAGAAAAAUUAUUCCUCGUCAAUGGACCCGAUUCAUUGGACACACCAAAUCGAGGAUUUAUUAUUGAUCUUAAGAGCGAUAAAGUUGUAUCGGAAUUCGCUCCAAAUGGACCAAUGGGCAGACCACAUGAUAUUGCAGUGACAAAUGAUGGUCUUGAGAUUUAUGUCGUUGAAUUGGAUACAAAUCGUGUUACAAGAUUUGAUCGAGGUAGAAAUAAUUCAUCAAUUCAACCAAUAAUUUCCGAUUUAAAAACAUCUGGGACAUCAGUUCCUGAUUUUAAAUCGGCACUUUUAACUGAUAUUGAUAUUAAUAAGACAUCUGGAAAAUCAAGUUCCUUAGCAUUUUCUCUCAUCGUAUCUAUAACUGUUCUUAUUGUAAUCUGCUUAUUAUUGGCAGUCAUUGUGUCGAGGUGGAAAAAAAGAGGAUGUUUAUUAACGUCUCGCAGAAGAACAAUAUGGGAGAGCGAGAGAAAAGAUAAUUUUAAGCUCACAAGCCUACUGGAUAAUAGAGCGGGAAGGAAAUUUAAAUUUUUUGAGAAAAGACCAAAUACACGUGAUUUCAGUAAAUUAAACACGGAACCAGAAACAUCGGAGGACGAACAUUCGGAAGAUAAGCUGGUCACGUUUUACGUCAACGAUAAAGUCAUUUAAUUUUUUUUUUUUUUUGUUUUUCUUUUCAAAGUCGAAAGCAAAAAGAAAAUAAUUUCUUUGUUUUUUGUUUUUGAAAGAAAUCUACUGAUU